AUACAGUACCCACCCACCCACCGAUCAAACCUGAUCUCCAGUCUUUUGUCUCUUUGGUUUUCCUCCAUUCCUCCUUAUUUUUGUUGAUUUACAAAACCCACCCACAACCGAGCCAACAAUGCCGGCUGCGUUGUUUCCGAACGGCGGCGGGUCGCGUGCCGCUUCUGGUGAGUCCUCAUCUGCUGCGUCCGCACAGCCGUCGUCGCAGCAGCAGCCCGCCGUGAUUACGCGGGGCCUGGUGCGCAACUACUCCAGCUUCCGCUCGCAGUUGCCGGUGCUCAAGGGCUUUGACAUGACGGCCGAGCGCGGGCAGAUUUACGCGCUGCUUGGCCCGUCGGGGAGUGGCAAAUCGACCCUCGUCAAGCUGCUCAUGGGCCGCCUGUCCAUCCACGGCGGGUCGUGCACCGUCCUCGGAGCCACGCCAGGGACACAGGGACACCCCGUGCCAGGCUCGGCCAUCGGGUACAUGCCGCAAGACCUCGCGCUGUACGGCGAGUUCACUACCAUGGAGACGCUCCGUUACUUUGCCAUGCUCAACGGCAUGAACGACAAGCAGCUCAACGAGCGCGCCGACUUCCUCCUGCGAUUCUUGGACAUGGUGCAUCUCAAGCACAGGCUCGUCAACGCCAUGUCGGGCGGGCAGCAGCGACGCGUCUCGCUCGCCGCGGCGCUGCUCCACCAGCCCAAGCUGCUGCUCCUCGAUGAACCGACAGUCGGAGUCUCGUCCGUGCUUCGCGCAAGAAUUUGGUCGCAUCUGCUCGAGCUGGUCAAGACCACAGACACGACAGUGAUCAUUACGACGCACUACAUUGACGAGGCUCGUCAGGCGGAUCGCGUUGGCAUGAUGGGCGACGGCCGACUGCUCGUUGAAGACACGCCAGCCAACCUGCUGCGCCAGUACCAGCGCGACUCGCUCGAAGACGUCUUUCUGCGCGUGUGCCAGGAGGCAGAGUCGUCUGAGGAAAUCGCCGACCAUGUUGCCUCGCUGCAUGAAGAGCAAGAAGAGAGCAUCGCCCAGCACGGCGGCGAUCCUGAACGUGCGCACCGCAUCAACUCGAACGACGACGAUGCCAAGACUCCGCUGCUCGGAGCUUCAGGUGCACGAUCUGACUCGAAGAAGGUGCGUAGUCUUGUGCCCACGGAAGCACAGGCGCGCAAAGACGGUAUCUGCUCGCGCAUUGGCCAAGGCGUCAAAGAGUACUUUUAUUCGUUCGUCCGAGACGCUCGCUGGGCCAAGCCACGCAACGUCAAGGCCAUGCUCUGGAAGAACUUUACACGUCUCCGUCGAAACUACCUCCUCCUGUUGUUCCAAUUCCUGCUGCCUGCCGUGCAAAUCAUCCUGUUUUGCACGGCGAUCGGACCGAAUCCCGAGGGUUUGCACAUGGCCAUUGUCAACCACGAUGCGCCAGGCGGCUUUGGCGACCUCUAUCUUUCCUAUCUCGAUUCAUCAACCAUCACACAGGUGCCGGUGGCGUCACACGAUCUGGGCGUGGCAGGCGUGCGGGCCGGCGACUACUGGGGCGUGAUUGACAUUGGGAGCAACUUUACAGACGACUUGAUCUUGCGCUUUGUCAAUCAAACGACCGUCACGCCUGACAUUAUCAUUGGCUCGUCGAUCAACGUGACCAUGGACAUGACCAACCAACAAGUGGCAAUCAUUCUUGAGCAGAAGAUCACCGAGGCGUUCCAGACUCUUGUUCACACGCUCCUGACGCUGAGUGGCCUCGAUCCCGAGCUGGGAGACUUGCCAGUCCGCAUUAUGCCACCCAUCUACGGCGAGGUGAAUCCGAGGUUUACCGACUUUAUUCUCCCAGCCAUGAUUAUCAACAUUGCGUUUGCCAUGUCAAUCGGCCUGACGGCCAUGUCGUUCGUGCUGGAGAAGAAAGAAGGCCUGUUGGAUCGAACCUGGGCUGCUGGCGUCUCUCCCGGAGAAGUUCUUAUCGGACACACUCUCAUUCAGUUCUGCGUCCUUGUUGUGCAACUCGGCCUGUUGCUGCUGUUCUCGCUGGUGGUGUUCAGUGCUCCAAUGGAAGGAUCGUUCAUCCUUGUCCUGAUUCUGUCCCUUUUGCUCGGGUUGGCAGGUAUGGCGUUUGGCCUGCUCAUUUCGUCCGUCAGCAAAGACGAAGCCACUGCUGUGCAGUUGGCGUUGAGUUCGUUCUAUCCCGUGCUGCUUCUUUCAGGCGUACUCUGGCCAGUCGAGGCCAUCCCAACAGGCUUGAACUACAUUUCCUUCAUUUUGCCGACGCGAUGGGCGUCGGAUGCCAUGCGUUCGCUGAUGAGCCGAGGUUGGUCAUUGGAUCAUGUGGACGUCUGGGCGGGCUUUGUUGCAACGAUCGUUUGUAUUGUCGUCCUGAUGAUCCUCGCGCUCCGAGGAAUCAGCAGUCGCGACUAAACCACGCUGCUUCUGUGUCGCUUUUUGACUGUGCUAUUGUUGCGUUGUCUUUCAUGUUGCUAUUGAGGCGUCCCUAAUUCCGAACACGAUUUUUUGAGUUGGCCACCAUUACGCCCCUGGGAGAUGAUCCGAACACACACCCGGCUGGAC